AUGAGAGAGAAGCGAGCCAAUCCGUGCUGGUGGCUGUUGGCCAUCGCCUGUGGCUUGUUCGUUGUGUCAGCCCUCACGUUUGCGUGCUACUUGACCCUCCGAUGUACAGGUACCCGACCAACGCCUGUCAACACGGAACACGCGCUAAUCGAUCGAGUCUAUCGCCCCUCAGGACUGUUCGAGUAUCGGCCGGAGAUCGAACCCCGGCUCGAUCGCCCGCAGGAUGAUGAUCACCAAUCGCUGGCGUUCUUUCAGACCGAAGGCUACGAAGUGGUGAAACGAUCGUUGCAGCUCCUCGAGUACAUGGAGCAGUUGGAACCGCUUCUUUCCGAGGAUCGGCGUCAGCGCCGGAACGCGCCGGACCUUCCGAAUCGGAUCGAGCGCAAACGGGACGGCUCGGAAGAGGUUGUGUACGGUGUGCGAAGGCGCACCCAGCGGGAGCAAGACCUGGGCACGCUUCCGAUCGUGUACGUAGGCAGUGCCACCCGGGAAGCGGAACCGCAAUCGAACAGUAUCUCCCGCCAGAAGCGUCAGGCCGUGGUCAACUUGGCGGCCGAUCGGGAGCGAGUGAAGCGAGACGCCAAGCAGGACUACCAGCGGUUGGAGCGAGAAUACAAUCGCUGCCGGAAGGCGGCCCCGAACGGGAAGAUCUGCGAUCAAAUCUACGACAAGUUGCAGCGGCUCUCGGACGAGGUGAACGCACGCUUCCUGGAAAUGUCCAACCUGCUGCAGGGCAUCCAGGAAGCGGAAACGAGUUCGGGCAAAACGGUCCCACCGUACCCGGCGGUGUUUUUCUCGACCGCGCCACCUACGGAGUCCACCGAUCAGACGUCGGCUGCCGAUCACUCCACGGAGCAGUCGUCGACGUAUGCCACUUCCACCGAUCGUAAGGAAGGGGCGCCGAAUCCGCGGGUCGCACAGUACGAUCCUCAGAAGCAUCGACCGAUCGAGAACAGUUCCAUCCACAGUCUGGAAGAUCUGUUUGCUCACCUGUGGAAAGGGAUGUCAACAACUUCCUCAACAAGCUCCUCAACGGCCACAACGGAACAGAGUACGACCCCGACCGAGAACCCAGCUUCAUACGUCAGCAGCACCACGGGCACCACAAAGUCCUCGCGGUGGACGUCAACCAAAAGUCCGCUCCCUUCGGCCCGUAACCUCCACGAUGUGGUCAAUCAGCUGCAGCUGGCCCAGAUGCUGCAGCCACAUCCGUUUCACGAGGACAUGGUCCAGCUACCGCAACCACCGGCCAGUAUCAAUGAGUUCGUCAUGACAAGAUCACGCAAUCGCGAUCACAACCACCACGAUCACCACUUUGCGGCCGAUCUGGAUCCCGAGCCGGUGGACCUGGAUUCCCCGGGGCAGGAUUCCUCGCGUUCUAGCCACCACCAGCAUCAGCAACCGUCACCGUUGCUCGUCGGUCCCAGUGCACCGUUCCUGAGCCUGUGCGAUCAGCUGCGCUCGGCCAACGGUGGUGGUGGUGGGGGGCUCACUAGACCCGGCCAAGGUCAAGGCCAUGGGUUCCAGCAUGCCGGCAGCCUAGCGCCAGGCAUCCCGAUCACCGGCGAAGCCACCAAAGCGUCCUCGCAGAUCAUCGUCAACUCGGCGUACGCCGGUCCAGCUACGGCCUACAUGCCGAACCCGGUCUGCUUCUACCACAACGGACCACCGACCAACGUCCCCUAUCCGUUCCGACCGGCGGCGUCCACCAACUAUCCGACCUACGCCAACGGAGGCUACCCAUCGGUCGUCUACCAGCAGCCCGGCGGUCAGCAUUCGGGUGCCGGAGGUAAGCUUCCGCCACUGAAUGAUCCGACGAUCGAAGCCCUGAUCCAUCCUCGCUUCGCCGAAGCCACGAUCCACAUGCCGGUGAGCAUCCACAACCUCCAGCAGAGCGGGGCGCGAGAUGGAUCGGUGGCGGCGGCAUCCUCCAGUCCCGGCCACGGCACCAUGCUGCUCUGUUCGCUGGUCCAGAGUGACCACCGGGCGAGCGUCCCCCAACCGGACCAGACGUUCCACCGGCAGCAGCACGCUAACGAGACGGACACCGCGGAGGACAGUGCCGAGCUGGCGUCGAUGUUUGCCUCGGGCCACUCCUCGGCAGCCCGGGCCAAGGGCCGUCAGCACUGCCGUCGGGGCUGGGUCUCGUGCUUCAGUUCGCACCAGUGCGUGAAGCGAUCGGCCUGGUGUGACUCCAAGACCGACUGCAUGGACGGAAGUGACGAGAGUGCCUGUUCCUGUGUUUCGCGAUUGCCACGGCGUAAACUCUGCGACGGGUAUGCCGACUGUCCGCUCGGCAUGGACGAGAUGGGAUGCUUCGGGUGUGACAAGUUUGCGUUCUCCUGUUUCCACACGCCCGAUGAGGCCGGUGUCCACGGUGGCGGGCAGCAGUGCUACUCGCUGCGGGAACGGUGCGAUGGGGUCGACCAUUGUCUCAGUCGGAAGGACGAACAGGACUGCUCGAUGCUGGUGCGUGACCUGGGCCACUACCUCGCUUACUCGGUGCCGCACACGAGCGGAGUCCUGCACCGGAACCACCGGGGCAAGUGGUACCCGGUUUGUCGGAACGCUGUCCGCUGGGCACGGGAAGCUUGCGAAGCGGAAGUCGGUCCACUGGACCGGGAACCACAGUUAAGCCACGGCCACGGUAGUCUCCCGGGGCCGUACAUUAGCCCAGCCAACCCGCAGCCCGAGUUUAGCGAUGGUUGCAACGGAGUGUACGUCCACGUCAAGUGUCCUCCGGUUCGCUGCGGGACAAGCAAACUGCACGAACGCCAAUCGGCCCGGAUCCGGGUGCGAUCGGCGAGCGGCAACGGGACCGGAACCCCGAACGAGGAGCUUGUCGAAAGUGUGCGGAUUGUCGGGGGCUCCAACGCGGACCCGGAGGCGUACCCGUUCAUUGUGGGGAUCUUCCGGGACGGGAAGUAUCACUGCGGGGCCAGCAUCUACAACGAGCACUGGAUCAUUUCGGCGGCCCAUUGCUGCGAUCACUUCCACCGGCACCACUACGAGGUCCGGUCGGGGAUGCUGCGUAAGCGGAGCUUCGCCCCACAGGUGCAGGUGACCCACGUGACGCACAUGAUCGUGCACCACGCGUACAGCUCCACGCUGAUGGCCAACGAUAUCGCGCUGAUGCGCGUCGAGACUCCGUUCCACUACAAUCGCUGGGUGCGUCCGAUCUGUCUGCCGGAGAAGCACCGCACCACCGGGGACCGGGACUGGAUCUGGGGGCCGAAACCGGGAACCGUCUGUACGGCGAUCGGCUGGGGAGCCCUCCGGGAGCAAGGUGGUGCACCGGACCACCUGAAGCAGGUGUCGGUGCCGAUCCUGGCCGUGUGCAAACACAAGAACGACCGGGACAGCCUGCAGAUCUGUGCGGCCGACGAAGACGGCGGACACGACGCGUGCCAGGGUGAUUCGGGCGGUCCGUUCGUUUGCCAGAGCCGCUCGAACCCGUACGAGUGGUUCCUGGCCGGGGUGGUCAGCCACGGGGAGGGUUGUGCCCGGGCACACGAACCCGGCGUCUACACCCGGGUGGCACUCUUCAACGAGUGGAUCGAGCAGAAGGUCCACGAACCGCUCCCGGCCCGAACGGCCAGAGCGGACUGCCCGGGGACACGGUGUAUCUGGGGCGGUGGGAUCUGUUUGCCGCGGGGCAAGCGAUGCAACGGGUUCGUGAACUGUCUCGGCGGCGAGGACGAGUCCGGAUGUGGCAUGGAUCAGUUGCUCCGCUCGAUGGCCAACCGAGGUGAACAGGACACCGACGAGGAGGACGAUCACGAGGAGGACGAUGAGCACACGGAGCUGAGCAGGCAAAUGGUGGACGAUUCGAGUGUGACUCCCGAGGCGGCAAAGGAGACCCCUGAAGAGACCACCACGGUGGCCACAACCGAACAGAGCACGGUGUUAGAAACUACCGAGCGAAAGGAAUCGAGUCCCACGGACCCGUCCAGUACGACCGACACCACGGUCGAACCUACGGCUGAGGGGUCGAGUGCCGAGGGCCAAGAAAGUGUGGUCGUUACCCACACGGUCCACGUCGAGUGGUCCACAACUCCGCUCACUACGCCAACCACGGCAGGUCCUUCAGUGGCAAGUGGCUCCCCGCCAACAGCAACGACUGACAGCCCCAGUACGGAAGGGGCAACGACCGAGUCCCAGGACGCACUCGAAUUCGAGAUCCUGGCUGAUCCGAGCACCACCACCGAGGCACUCUGGAAAGCGGUCGAGAAGACGAUCAAGGAGGUCCAGGGAUUGGCCCGUGCACGGAACGACUCCAAGGAGACCCCAGAAAGCGACCUUCCGGACCAUCCAUUCUUCGAGGAGAUCGAGGUGAUGCAGGAGCAGAAACAGAAACGGAUGGCCCAGUUCCGGAUGACCGUUCACAAUCUUCACACGAAGUCGCCCGUCACUCCGGCCCCACCAACGGGCAACGAGACGGCCGUCCACUACCGUCAGUUUGAGUGCCGCAAUAUCACGCAGCGGAUCAAUGUGGCGCACCGGUGCGACCGGCUCGUGGACUGUGAGGACGGUAGCGACGAGCUGAACUGCACCUGCCGGGACUUCCUGAAGGACAAGUUUGACUUCCUCAUCUGCGACGGCAAGACGGACUGUCUGGACCACACGGACGAGAAGGACUGCAUGCACUGCAAGGUGGAUCAAUACGCGUGCCGGAUGAGCCAGGUGUGUGUGCCGCGGGAGCAGACGUGUAACGGACACCCGGACUGUCCCCUGCACGAGGAUGAGCUGGAUUGCUUGGCACUCACCGAUGGCCAUCGGGUGUACUUUGAUGCCAACAACCUGACGCUGUUCCGGAACAGUGGCCUGGUGACGAAGAACACCAACGGCACUUGGGAGGUCCUGUGCGGUACGGUGCUGACGGCCAAGACGGAGCAUGCGGUCGAGAAGAUAUGCUCCUUCCUGGGAUUCGCGGGCUACCGGAACUACUCGCUGCUGAGCCUGGGACCGGACGCGGUACUACCGGAAGAACUGCCCGCGAGCGCUGACGUUGUCCACUCGGUGAUGCUGACCGUUCCCGAGGGUUGCCAGGCGCUGCGAGUGACCUGCGCCCAGCACAUUAACGCGACCGAACACGAGAUCGCCCACUUCGAGCACCAGCCUCAGGAGGAACCGGUCCAGGUGAACAUCCGGCCACUGAAUCCGAUCCACCGGCCACACCACAUGCCGCAGAUCGUGUUCCAGGAGAACGCGCACGUCGAGCUGAUCGAGAACUUUGGCGACGAUUACGAUUGGCCGUGGAACGCGGAUGUCUAUCUGGACGGGGUGCUCAUCUGCAGUGGGUUAAUCAUUGACGCGAGCUGGAUCGUGGUGGCCAGCAGUUGUACGAGGCUGGUGAACAUGCGCCACCAGUACGUGGCGGCGGUGGCAGGUGGUGCCAAGCCGUACCUGCAUAUCGCCGGUCCGUAUGAGCAGGUCGUGAGGGUCGAUUGUUACCACUUCAUUCCGGAGGCCGAAACGGUGAUGUUGCAUCUGGCCCAGAAGCUCACGUUUAGCCGGCACGUGCUACCGACCUUCAUACCGGCCAGUGAAAACGUGACCGACAGUGAGUGCCUGGCGGUGGGCAAGGACAAGUACGGUCGGACCAAGACGCUGCGGGUUCACCAGAACGACACGAACUGUGAAGGAGAGCGGGUCCGGUGCUACCAUAAGGAUCUGCGGCAGCCGUACUUCCAUCACGAGUUUUGCUACACUCAGGAAGCGGCACGGUCCGGUGUGAUCGUCUGCAAGACCAAGCGUUCCGGUUGGUAUCCGGUUGGGUUCUACCAGAACAAGCGUGGACUGUGCGGAUUCAACGAGGUCGUGCGCGUGACAAGCCUGGUCGAGUCGUACCACCGGAUACAGCACGUCCUAAACCACGAGCAGUGCCGCGGAGAGCUGUACUACGAGGAACCGCCCUGCGCCGGAAUGCGAUGCCGGUACGGAAAGUGCAUCGGGAAGUCGCUCGUCUGCGAUCGGAAGGCCGACUGUGCCGAAGGUUCCGACGAGCAACCGGAGCUGUGCGCCCAGCAGAACGCCACCGAACAUUGCCUGCCGCACCAGAUGCGCUGCGCCAAUGGGCGGUGCGUGGAGAAGGCGAAGUUCUGCGACCGUAAGAACGAUUGCGGCGAUUCGACGGACGAGCCGCACGAUUGCUCCUGCUACACGUACCUCAGAAUAACGGAUCCGGGCAAAAUCUGUGACGGGGUGCGCAACUGUUACGAUAAAUCGGACGAGAACCCACGGGUCUGCCGGUGUCACGCUGGAAGCUUCCGGUGCGGUGAGUCGGACAUCUGCGUGCCGUACGACUUCGUGUGCGAUCGGGAGCGCGACUGUCCGAACGGCGAGGACGAGCAGUACUGUUACGCGCUGCAGCAGAACUCCUACGAAGCUGGUUACGGUGAGCUGAUGGAGCAAAGCUUCGGCAUCUGGCACUCGAAGUGCUUCCCGAAGACGGCCCAGUUCGGGGACGAGUACAUGCGCGACAUCUGCGAGCAGCUCGGCUACGGCCAGGUCCGUAAGAUCUACGGCCGGGCGAUCGUCGAGCAGUCGCGACUGCGCACCGCCAACAGCACGGACAGCCCGGCGGAAAAGCUGCGCCGGGCCGCCACCAAGACGAUCGUGCAGAACAAGUUCUCGAAGGUGGUGAUCAACGGGAACCACACGUUCUACAUGAAGCCGAGCCGGCCCAUGUUCAAGGUGAUCAACUGGAACUACCACGACGAGCAGAACUGCCACCGGUUGGAGCUGCUGUGUGCUCCGUGA